CUGACAAUACAAUGGAGUUGCUUAAAAAGCUAUAUUUCUUCUCUGAAAAAAGUUUUCAAUUGAAGAAAUAUUCAGCCAACAGCAAUCACAGAUCAGGACAAGACGAGUGAGCUGGCUAUCUAGACCUGCUUCAUCCAAGUCUGGAGGACAGGGAGAGCUUGAAGUUGCAGCAAGAAAUGACGGCAAUGAUGAGUAAUACCACAGCCUCAGUGACUGAAUUCAUCCUGCAUUGCGAAAUACGAUAUGAGCAGAGAAACUUCACGGUCUCCAUUCUCUCUUUUGUCUAUUUAAUGACUCUUUUAGGAAACUUCUUGGUUAUUCUCGUAAUAAGAAUGAACCAUCAUCUCCAAACACCAAUGUACUUGUAUAUCAGUACCUUAGCAGUUAUUGACUUAGCUAACAGCACAAAUAUUAUUCCUAAAAUGGUUGCCGUUCUUUUAGGCUCCGCAGUUGCUCCCUAUGGACCUUGUCUGCUGCAGAUGUAUUUUGUUUUUUACUUGGAAGUGGUGGAAGCGCUGCUUUUUGUGUUCAUGGCAUGCGAUCGGUAUGUUGCUGUUCUUUAUCCACUGCAGUACCCUUCAUUAGUUACAAAUAAAAUCGUUUGGAUUAGUGUUUUCCUGUCCAACGUUGUUAGUGCUAUAGUGCUUACACCAUACAUGGUCUUUGUCACUGAGCUUCAUUUCUGUGUCACUAACAUCCUUCCAUAUUGCUUCUGUGAUUAUGCCACAAUGGUUCAUAUCUCCUGCACUGACAAUCCCAAGUAUUUAGCCAUUUUGUCCACCACAACUAUUAUGUUUGGUGUUUUUCCCGUAGCGUUAAUACUCUUUUCCUACUUUCGGAUUGCUCAGGCAGCAUUAAAGAUUACAUCUAUAGAUGGGAAGAGGAAAGUUUUAAGCACUUGUCUGACCCACCUGGUAGUGAUGGGGUUGUUUUAUCUACCUUUAAUGAUAUCAUACAUAUUACCAGGAAUUGGAGUGAAACUUUCAAUGGAUGCUUAUAAUAUUCUGGUAAUUGUAGCCAAUGUUGUUCCACCCAUGAUGAAUCCCAUAAUUUAUAGCUUCAGAAAUACAGAAAUCAAAAACAGUAUUCAGAAACUUUUUAUGGUAAUACAAGCAUCACCAAAUACCAGUUAGCAGAACCUGUGUUUUCAGUGCGCAACAAUGGCAGG